CUCUCUUAGCAUCUAUAGUAGAAGUAUAAUGGAGGAAUCCCGGACCGACGUUGGAGGACAAAUCGCAGCCGAUUUCGACGAGGAGAUUGAGGCUCCAAGUUCAUCGACCUAUCAGGGCAGCCGAUUGCCACUGCAUCUAUUCAAGACAAUCGAAAUUAAGAAUUCUAAUUGUGUCCGUGAAGGCACCAAUGUUGAUCCAGGCAAAGGAACACCAAAGAAACAACCUUGGUCUGGCCGACGAUCUCCUGAGGGUUGUACUAUUUCUACACAGCAGAAAACCAAGCUUGUCUGUUCUUCACGAUUGGAGAACGACCACAAUAAGACAGCUAAAAAGUCUGAUGAUAGUUUGAAAGGGACAAAAUCACCAUUGAAACCCACAAGGAAAGCAUCAAGCAGAAGAAAAUGGGUAGUCGCCACAGGGAAAGAGGCCCGCAACCAUUCCAAAAGAGCCAAACUUUCACAGUAUCCAUGUCCCCAGGAGCUGUACAAGGAGAGUGACAUAGUUCCACUUCCAUCUGUAUCAUAGUCACCUAAUUCCUUAACAUUUGAUAUUCACCAGGUUUAGAGGAAGUUCACCCUUGAAUCAGUGUCUGUUGUUGUAAGUUUGUAACAUUUGGGCCCUAUUGUGGUAAGGGAUUGUUGUAACAUUUGUGAUUCAAGAAUGGCUUGCAUUUGUAAUAGAAGCAAUAAAUUUUGAGUUUCAGC